GUUACCAUUGGCUGGGUUCGUUUGGACGAUGACGGGCUUGAUACUAAUAUUGGCUGUAUUCACAAUAGCGGAUAUAACGGUCUGUCGAGUUGUAGCUCAGAAUUUUCUCAAAAAUGCAUGGCAACAGCAGCAGUUAAAAGACGAUGAUGAUAAUGAUGACGAUAGCUUUCGUUCUUUGAAUCCCCAAGAUCUUGGAGCGUUGCUUGAAGUUGCGCUCAAGGCUAGUGACAAAUAUGGAAAGCAAAAAACUGUCGGCAGAAAAGAAACAAAUCGAAAGAUAAGGCAAAAGUAUGAACCAACAUUAUUUGAUCAAUUGACCGGGCUGGAUGCAGAUGAUGUUCUAGUUUAUGACCCAGAUAGCUACAAGUCAGUAAAUACUGAACAAGAGAAACAUAGAUUAUUGGACAUGUUAGGAUCAUCUUCUUACGAUAAAACCAUCCCCGACGAAGAAGAUGAAGAUGAUAAUUCGCCCGUAUAUGUUAUAGCCAGGGUCGAUGAUCUCCUAAAGAGAGGAACUGAUAAGAGUUCAAAUAACGUGUUUUCAUCACUAUUGAAGUCAUUUAGUCAAAAGGAUCGUAGCAAUAUCGGGCAAGAGGAUCGUUACAAAGGAUUUCGAGUGAGGGAGCCCUAUAGGAGAGCAAGAGACUCUAGUGAAACUUAUUCUUCACGCGAAGUCGAGGAGAAACGCCCUACACGACAGCGGGCAUACAGUGGCGGCCGGACCCCCAUCCCCUACAUCAAACAUCGUGGAGACAUCUACGAAAAAGAUAAUUAAACAGAAAUUCAGAUAUUG